AUGCAUCUCCUUUCCAUCCUAAUCACCCGCCCCACACGCGCCGACAUCGAAUAUGAUUCCGGAGAUGUUGAAUUCGUCGAAACGGCGAAAGGCGUUUUGCAUGAGAAAAGGCUUCACAAUACAGAGAGCUUUCACUCCGAAAACACUCCCAAAGAAGAAAUCAGGGGUAUGGAAGUGGCAGCAUAUGCUGGUCCUGUGGACGUCGACCGUGAAAGUUGCGCUCAGAAAGCAAAUGCCAGGGGAAGCGAAUCAAAGAAUCCAAAUUUACGGUGCUCAAAGCGCUCUAUCUCCACCGAUUCCGAUGAAGAACUCUCAGAGCGCGAACGAAAUUUUCGGAAGCGAUCAUCUGCUACUGCUACGAAGCCCCGAAAAACCAAGCUCUCCAGCAGUGCACGAAAGGAUCUCCUCAGCUUCGAUGAAUGGGUAGAGGAACUAUCUCUAGCACCUUCAAAUUUGAGGUGCAAAGGAUGCCGCAAUGUUGUUAAGUUGAGUAACCGUCCUGAAUGGCCCUAUGAGCUCAAAAACUUGGAUGCGCAUAAAGCGAAAUGUGCUUCAAUUAAUGGGAAGAAGAUAGUCAGAGUGGGCGUUGUCAAAAGGCCCGAAAUUGGGAAGUACGGAAUACCGCUCAUAAAAAAUCCUGACAACGUACCUGAGGAUGGAAAUGAUCGCAAGUCCAUGACUGAGUGGACUUCUGCCGAGCGACUCAAGGUGGACCUGAUUCUGCGCUCGUGGGCAAGGUGGGAGGUUGAUUACAUCAACGGGUUCAUAAAAUCCCGACAUUGCGAAGGGACCACUAUCAGUCACGAUAAGAUAUGCCCACCUUGCCAAGAAAUCGCUUCCGAUCAAUCGUUCAAGCGCUCUGUGCGACGACUCAAGCUUCGUGAAGCGAGUCUUUCUCCUGAGGAACGCCGACAAAUUCUAGAGAGGCGCGACAAAUAUGCUCAAACUGAUAUGAUUCGACAAAUCGGAGCGCGAUCCUUUAGCGCGAAGCUCAGUGACCCGGUUUUGUUCGAUAUACACGAUUCUUUGAAGACCGGAAAGCCAGAGGAUGCGUUUCUCCGGCCUUACAAGAGCGCAAAGGAAGGAAAGCUAAGCAAUUAUGAGCGCUUUAUUGAGGUUUGCGAUGUCCUUGAAGACCGCGUUCGGCGGGAAACAUCUGGAAACGACAAGUUAAAGUACGGGAUUCGGUAUUCACCAAACUACCUCGAUUUUAUGAUUGCCAUGCGAGGGUAUGGCCAAAACUCCAAUCGUCAAUACGAAAUAUUCUGCGCUGAGUUUGCUGGGCCAUCUGUUCGAUACCUUCGAACACUAGUCACGAAGUCAACAGAUGCUCUCCAAAACCCAUAUCUCAUUUUUGAGAACGUUGCUCGUGUCAAGAGGUAUAUCGAUUCAGUGAACUACAAAGGUCCAAUUGUAGUUGGUUUAGACUGCACCGAAUGCGGUGCGCAUGUACUGGGAACGACGUUCAACCUUGCUGACGUGGAGGUUGACGACGCUGAGGAUAUUGAUGAGAUUGUUGCCUGUGCAUCGAAAAAGAAGGCCUUCGCUUCUCAAACUCGUGCGAUCCUUGCCAGAAUUCCACUUCGUCAUUGCCCUCCGAUUGUCAUCGCCAUCCUACCAACAGAUGGCAAAGAGACUGUGGAGGAUAUUCAUAUGCACCAUUUAAAAUUACAGAAGAUGGCCGCUCAGCUAAGUAUCCCUUUUGUGGCUUUAACAGCGGAUGGCGCUGCAAGCGAGCUGUCAGCACAAUCCCUCAUGGAUCAUGAGAAGUCGGAGCUUCCUGCUCUCAAGUAUGACUACCCUCUGUACGGGAUCCAUCUUCAGGCCCCAGUCUUUAUUGGCGCAGGUCCAACGAUCUCUAUUACAGACCCCCCGCACUCCCGAAAAACCUGCCGAAAUCAACCGCAAUAUGGGACCCAUACUGCCAGCUUGGGAAUAGGUUUUCUUGUUCACCAGUCUUUCAUUGAUCUCUACGAGAUAUCGGGAUCUGGACUAGUCCUUCGCGAUGUCGAAAAUGUUGAUAAACAAGAUGACGGCGCCGCACGCAGAAUUUUUCAUACACAAGCAUUGACGGCAGCAACCUCGCAAGAAAAUGGGGUGUACACGAUAUACCCCGAGGAGGCAUUUUGCCCCGAAAAGUUCAACACCAAAUUUCUUGAGCACUUUUUCGGGAUCGGACGUCAAUUGCUUCCAAAUUUCUCAUACGCCGAUUUUCCAAAGAUGGUCCAACAUAUCCUGGCGCGACAGCGGAUACUCGAAUCAGGACUUCUCAAAGUCAAGAGGGAGUGGACGUCUGCCUCUGGAUAUAUUUUUAACCCAGAUACCGACAUGCAGAAAGCUGUCCACGACGACUCUCCAUUGCUUACCUCUUCCCUCACCGAAGUUCGAUUGAAUCGUUUGGUGGAACUUGCAUAUAACGAAGCGGCUCAUGUUUGCCGAGAUGUUCUUUUCAUUCCUGUCUCACUCACUCCAACAAAACCGCUUCAACUACAAGCUCUUGGCAGCGCUAAGCGAAGACGUCACAUUUCUGCUGCCCAACCCAAAGGAGGGGAUAGCGAUGGGGAUGGGGAUGAGGAUGAAUCGGAUGAGGAUGAAGAUGAGGACUUGAUGGAAGAUGGCGACGACGAUUCUGCUGAAUCGGAUAUAGAAAUUGAGGCCAAUCCUUCAAACAUUGGUGAAGCUACUGCUAUGGCUGCGCGUGACGCAGCUCGUUACGCGGCGCUCUGUACAGAUGUUGAGGGAGGGAUCGAGGCGGGUGCGCUUGGCGAAACAGACAUCAAUUUACCAUCGCCACACCCACUACCGCCUGUCACCAUCGUUUCACAAACAGGAUCGCCAGUAGAUGAUCAAAAAACAAGCCGACUCCUUUACCACUCAUCCGGGAGGGCGUCCGUAAAAAACAUCCUGGAUUCUCGUCGCGCUUGGCAGUCGGGGACCACAACAAAGUCCGAACGCGUUGUUAUUAGGGAGAGGGAAAGUCCGGAUGAACAUUACCAUAUUUUUUUCAACGGCCCAGGCUUCGUCUCAGACGAUGAUCUCGACAUUUGGAAUGUCAGCAAAAUUUUCCUUCACUCCACCUACGGUUACCACAUCACGCCUCUAGUUAGAAGGGUAUUAUCUGGUGUACCUUCCCGCCGUUCUCAGGGUCCGCAUUGGGAAGGUCGUCCCAUCAGCGGCACCACAUGCGCCUUCCUACCAUGCUCCGUUGCCAAAUGCGGACACAGCGUUGGCGCAUGUGACUAUUUCCGUGCUCACUUACCCAUAACCAGCUACAGAGAGACUAUGAGGCCCAAUGGCCAGCUUGGAUAUUCAUUAUUAGUAUGUGUGAGGGAGGGUGUAAUAUACCCCAGCUUCCUACCUCUACUCACCCACUCCCAAGUGGGGGAUGAGGAGGUAUACCUGGGAUCAGUUAUCAAGCCAUACCUCCAUCAAUAA